UACCUGUUCGAACACAUGUAUUCUUUCUUUCAUAUUCAAGACUAAAAAGCCUAUCAUGUAAGAAUGGAUUAUCUGAGAUCUGUCUCGAAACUCUCUCCUGCAAAGAAGUAUUUUAUUGUAAUCAUCGUCAUCUUUAUGAUUUUUUUAAAGUUUAUUCACGUUUCUGUUCCGUACUACUGCCAAUCAGUACAGCCUAGAAAAGCUGAAUAUGCAUGUUUUGAAGAUACUGCAAGUAUGAACCAAACAGGCAUUGAAGAUGUCAUACCACUAAAUAUUCAUCAACAAUCCGAAACUAUGCAUAAAACAAACCCAGACAUGCCAGGACUGAGCAAAAGAAAUUUUACUACUAGUGAACAGAGGCAUAUAAAAUACUGCGUAAAUAAUUAUUCAGAAGAUAUCAAAAAGGGAGUACAAUUUUGGAAAGGGAAACAAUAUGAGACUCGAUUUAAAGAACAUAGAUAUCUUGUACCGAACAAAAGCAUAAUUGUUGAUAUUGGCGGAAAUGUUGGAUACGAUGCGCAAUCAUUUUUAGACAUGUACAACCCACAAUAUUAUAUAAUACUUGAACCAUUGAAAUUAUUCUAUCAGAAACUCAAAAACAGAUUUAAAGAUCGACGUAAUGUCAUCGUUUAUAACAUUGGUCUUGGUGCCAAAUAUGAAAUAUUUAUGAUACAAAUUGAAGGGAGUGUUGGAGAAGCAACAUCAACAUUCUCAGGCUCAGGAAAGGGAAGCUGUUCUUUAAAAGUAGUGAAUGCUUUAGAUUUUUUUCAUAAGCUAGGUGUAGGGAAGUUUUCAGUUGAUCUUGUCACUAUUAAUUGCGAGGGAUGUGAAUACGACUUACUGGAAAAUAUUUUAUCAUCAAACCUUAUCCAUUUCUUUAAAAACAUUCAAUUUGCCACACAUCCAACAUUAGAAAAACUGAAGGACCCAAUCAGACGAUAUUGCCAGCUGCAGGAAAUAUUACAUAGAACCCAUAAACCUACAUAUCAAUACAAAUAUGUUUGGGAGUCAUGGAAGUUGAAAUAAAUGCAACUUAUAAAACAAGAAUAAAAUAUGAACUGUCUACAAGAUGUCGUAACAAUUAUAGUUUUAUUACUACAAGAUGUCUUAACAUAAUUGUUUUUAUGCCCUAAAAUGUGUAACAUUUCGAAAAAACAUGCAUGUGGCAUGAGAGAUUGAGAUUAGAUAUUUGUGUAGAUGGAAUUGUUUCCCGUUGUACAGUGACAGAAAUUAAGAUUGAACAU